UUUCGGGCAGCGUGCGGUGCGGUGCACUCGCCAUAAGAAUCCAUUUCGAUUGAGCACGGUAUUGGCACUUUUGACAUAUCUUCCCUCUUCGACCCUUUGAGCUCGUCUGCCGGAGCCUAAGAGGAGAUACAAUCAACUUGCAGCUAGCUAGCUGGUCAUCAAUAAGGAAGGGAACUGUUGUUGGUGCUUCAGAAUUUUAUAGGACGCCACCGACCCAAAAUCUCUGCCUUUUACAUUUUCCCACGCUCGAGAUACCCUCUCCACGGUCCUCUAAAAGUCUCUCACAAUGGCGGCCAACGCUAUUGCUUCUCUGUUAAUGGACCGGUUUGUGUCGGCCAGUUCUGCUGAUGAUGCCCGUUCCUCCUUGGAGCGUAUUUUGGAGGCAUUGGAAGCCAACAAGCAGCCCCCUCUGGACGAUGAGAAGGAUGAACCUCCCCGAUUGGCUCCUGAAAUGAUCUGGAGCGACCAAGAUAUGCUCAACGCCCUUCGCCAAGUCCUUCACACGGGGAAUCACAAGCAGAACGACAUGGAAGUCCCUGUAGACGAGGGAGCGUCGCUAGUGUGUAAAAUCUACAUGGAAAUGGUCGAACAAGAAGCCAACAAGAGUCCACUACUCGACAAAGACGAGGCUCUUCUGGAGUGUCUUAUUGAUGUCAUUAGCAGCGAUCCUUCGAAUAAUGAUGAUCCUGAUGCUAUUACUGUCGUAUCCAUGUACACUCGUGUCUUGGCACUACAGCUUUUGACCAAACUAUGUGUCAAGCGGCCAUCCAAAGCCCAAGCACAAUUGCUGCAGGCACCCAAUGGAUUGAAUCGUCUCGGGGAUCUCCUGCAGGUGCACCAGGAAGAAAUCAUCCGAAAUGAAGCAUUGUUGCUGGCUCAGGUUAUUGCUGAGUGGCCUUCUUGUGCCAAAAUUUGGAUGUUUGCGGAAGUGGCGGAUCAAGUCAUCUUGUUGGCAAUCGAAGAGGGUGGGUUGACCGGUGGCAAUCUACUGGUUCAGGAUUGUUUGGACCUGCUAUUCAGGUUGUGGAAACAUGAUCCCAGCUUGGCAGACCUGGUAUUUCAAUCCCAGACAAUCACCCAGAAUCUGCCCCUUUUGUUGGAUCUAAGACAAGGAACCGAGUUUCGCAAUCCACCCAGUAAAACAAAGACUGCCAAAAAGGACGACGAUUUGGACGACAUUUUAAAGAGUGCCGAAGACAAGGCUGCCGAGUCAAAAGAGGACGAAGUUGUGGUCCCUCGCUUGACUGGAGCAGAAGAAAAAGUUAUUUCAAAGACACUCGAUAUCUUGUCGCUCUUGCUCGAAUCGGAUGGACUCAAACAAUCUGUUUGGAUUCGAGAGUUGCAGUUGUGUUCGUUUACUUGGGAAUUGGCAUUGGUAGCACCUCCCCCUCCGCAGGUGCCAUUCGUCUGCUCCGUGCCAUCUCCAACAUUGCAACAAAAAGCUCUGGAAACUGUUGCCCUCUACUUCAAUGACACAACCACGUUGGAGCGCCAUGCUGGACUGGACCGAUUAUUGUAUCUGGUCUGUACUGGUGGAUUUGGAACUUCGUUAAUGGAGAAAAUGGGAAUUUCACAAGCUGCUCUGCACGUUAUUCGACAAACCGUCAGCGUGGAGUCGGCCAAUCAAAUGCUCAUGUACACCUUGGCACCACCCAUGACAAUGGGCGACGAAGAUGGUGGCAACACACCGCCACCUCCUACCGUAGUCCACAAGCUGUUGAACACUGUGGCAGAAAAUCUUACCGCCACCGAAGGAAUUGAUCCAGAACGUCGCAAGGUUUUCUUGGCUGGAGCCUUGGGAGGACUGUCAGUUUUUCUUACGGAUCAAACUAGUCGCGAAGUCAUGCUGCGUAUUACCACUGGAACAGCUGAGAGCGAUGAGGGUGACGAUCCUGAUGACCCUGCCGAAACUACGACAACAACUAGCCUAGUGGAAUCGAUACUGCAUGCAGUCGGUACAAUGGCGGAAACGGAGAAUCCUGAAAAUCCCUUUCUCUCCACGACGCUGCUUCGCUUCUUGUGUCAUUGGACCGUGGAGACGCCUGCGGUUGUUCAGACUAUCUUAUCGUCGAAUCAAAGCAGCAUUGUCUUGAGUGCCCUGCUGGGUAUCAAAACCAAAACACAAAGUCACAAGAAAGGGGUGGCAGUGUUGGGGAAGCUAUUGCUUGGGCUUUCGAUGGAGUACAUGGGCGAAGACGAAGGCAAGUGCGGGGGGUGGACUCGCGCCAGCAUCAUGGAAUUGAUUGCCAAGAAAAGUGGAGGCGUCAGCAAAUUCACAUCCUCCUUGGAACAGUUCAAAUCAGUCAAUGAUUUUGGUGACACUAUGCCAUGGUCAGUUUGCAAGCUGGAGUUCAAGGUGUGGUCACAAUGGUUCGCAAACUGUGUCCUGUUGGUACGAAAGCGCGUCGUGCAGGAGCUCACGGGUAGCGGAGACGGCGAAGAAGAAGAUGAGGAGGACGAGGGACUCGAAGGAAGCAUCCCUCGGGAUACUGCCGGAAGCGGCAGUGCUCGAUCCCUACAAAAGGUCGUUUUCCAGCAAUCUAAAGAAAUUGACGAGCUGCAACAAUCACUUGACACGGCGAACGCGACAAUAAAAACCCAGCAUCACGAUCUGUCUGAGUACAAGCGGCGUGUAGAGAGCGCACCAAGUCAAUUGGAUACCAUGCUAAACGAAUACUUGGCAAAGAUUGCCGAGCUUGAGAACACUGUCUCAAGUUUGCAUGAAAAGAAUCGUUUGGAUGAAGAGAAACAUACCUCAGAAUCGAAAGCUCGCGAUGAUAGGAUCGCCCUCCUUGAGAAAGAGUUGGAGGAAUCGCGUGCGAGGGAGAAAGAAUCACGCGAUGAAGCGGACACAGUGCGGGAGGACAUGGAAUCUCUUAGCCAGGCGUACACCAACCUGGAACAGGAGUACAGGCAUCAGCAGCAACAACAGCAAGGAAGGCAAGAAAGUGGUGUAUCGUCUACAGAAACAACGACAACAGUCUCGGAGCAGCAGCCGGGUGAACCAGAUCAGGAAGGCGCCGCGGGCGGUCACGCUGGAUCGACAGAGAUAUCGGCUCUUCGCGCUGAGAAUGAGCGACUCCGUAAUGAUGCUCAAGCUGCCGACAAAUGGAUGUCUAUGGCUGUCGAAAAGAUGCAAGCGAUGGGGCAGCAAAAUGCAGGUCUUCAGGCUGAAUUAUCUACCCUGAAAGAUGGCCAAGCUAUGAAUCAACAGCAUUUGGAGCUCCAGCAGCACAACCAGACGCUUUUUGCUGAGAAGGAAGCCAUCGUACGGCAGCAAAGUCAGAUGCAAGCUCACCUUGACGGCGUGGUAAACGAGAACCAGGGACUCCGCGGGGCGCUAAAUCAGGGUCAAGCGCAGUAUAUGGAACUUGAACGGCAACUCACAGGAGCGAGGGAAGAGUUGCAAUCUACUGUAACAGCCUUGGAAGAAGCCAGGUCGCAAGGGGCGGCCGAACGGGCUGACCUCGACAAUCAAUUGACAGAACUGAGAAGCGAGUUGGAAAGCUUGUCUUCAGAAAGAGCCCGACUCCAGGAGCAACUGGAUGAAAUCCAGAAGAAGAGCGCUGAGGGAGAAGUUCAGGCGCAGGCAAGUGCUCAGGCCGUCGCAACCUAUGAAGCGGCGUUGACGUCCAAGGACGAGGAGAUUAUGAAACUGCAGAAUGCCAUGGCUGGACAAUCCUCUAGUGUGGAAGCCCAGAAGGAGUCUCAUGCACAGGAAGUAGAGGCGCUUCAAAAAUCGAUUGCAGAACUUCAGGGGCAGAUCGAGGCUUCCAAUACUGAGGUUGAGAGGAUUCGCACGAACGGACAAGAGGAGAUUUACAAAUGUGAAUCUAGAAUCCGCGAACUCGAAGCAAAACAAACCACUGGGCUAGGGGCUCAAAGUGCAGCUUCCGAUGAGGCUCUAAAGAAGAAAGACGGCGAGAUCAGUGAGCUCACCGCUGCGAAUGAUGCCGCUCAGGAGUGGAUGGCAAGAGCAGUCGAUCACCACAAUAUGCUCUCUCAACAACAUGCCAAACUAGGAACAGAGAAUGCUGCCUUGUUGGCCCAAAUCAAGGAGCUCAAAGAGAAGGUUGCACAAGACAGUGCAACGAUUUCGAAAGCCAAGGCACUGGAGGAGGAGUCGCUGGCCAAAGCAAAUCGUAUCAGAGAUUCCGAAGCCUCUUUGGAAGCUUGCAAACUAGAGCUGCAACGUGUACAAGCCGAGGUGACCCUGCUCCAAAAUCAGAAACUAGAGCUCGCAAGCUCGGCUGCCGAAGUUCAACAGCUCCAAAAUCAGCUUGAUAAUCUAAGGGCCUCUCAUGAUGAACAGGUUGCUGCAUGCGAAAGUGCACGGCAGGAACUCGUUCUCGAAAAGGAGUCUAAGGAGGAAGCAUUGGCAAAGCUUGAAGCGGCCAACAAAGAGCAUAGCGACUCGCGAGUCAACGCAGAGGACGAGAUUCGGACAUUGAAGGAGAGAAUGGAAGCUCUGGAUGCUGCUUUGAAAGAUAAAUCCGCAACUUUUGAUGAGUUGAACGCCCAAAUUGCAGCAGAACGAGAGUCAAGCAAGAGCGCAAAUGACAAACGCGAAUCGCUGCGAAUGGAAACUGAGCAGCUGAGCGAGGAAUUAGAACUACUGCGGUCGAAGAGCGAAACCGCCGAAGAGGACACCCAGAAGGUGAUAGAUUUGACGAAGGAGCUGGAGAUUGCCAAGGGGACAAACGAAUCUCUCCUUCGGUCGCAAGAAGAUGAUAAAAUGACAAUUUCCAGACUAAGCGACGAGAUUGCUUCUAUGCGGUCUGCCAAGGAAACCUUGACAGUGCAACAAACACCUCCGGCUGCAGCCACAGAAACCCCUGCUGCUGAGGCCUUCUUCUCUGUUGCCCCCCAGUCUCAGCCAGUUGCUGCCCAUGAUGUCUUCUCCGCCGGCGGAUCGGCCGCAGCGGCAAGCGAGUCUCUCGCGCCACCUCAGCCCGGUAACCCUAGUGGUGCGCUUCAGCUGUUUGCAUCAGGUCCUCCAGCAUCCGAGGGAGUCAGUGCCCGAGAUGUCUUUGGUUCUGCUCCUAGUGAACAGAGUGCCGGUGACUUCUUCUCCGGAGGUCCGCGUGUUUCAGACACCGCGGCCAGCACUAACGCUGAGGGACUGCAACGAACAGCUGAUCUCGAACGACAGCUGCAACAAAGUUCGGAACAAGUCCGUCAGCUUGAGCAACAAUUGAGGGAAGCGCGCGCUGAGUUGGAGCAGACGAAGACGCAAGUUGCAGAAAAAGGUACGGGUGGUCCAGAACGCAUUUCAGAGCUUGAGCUCGCUGUGAACCAACUGCAACAGCAGCUCAAGGAGUCCGAGGAUGCGAAGACUCAACAAGUCUUGAUGGUCGAAUCAUUAGAGAAGAAGAGCAGCGAACUUUCUCUCUUGGUCGAAUCAUCGGGUGCCCAAGGCAACGUCCAGAAAGAGCUCGAGGAAACCACAGGCAAGUUGGCUCAAGCGUUGGCCAAGCUCGAGGAGGACAACGACGUUGUUGUUGAGUGGGAAGAGCGAGUUGCUGGGCUGGAAUCUGCCAUUAAAGACAUGGAAAUCCAACUGACCGAACAAGAGGAAAAUGCCACAACUGUUAUUGCUAAGUGGCAAGAGAGUUGCAAUGCAUUGGAAGAGAAAAAUGCUGAGUUACUCAGUGCAUUGGAGUCCUGCGGCGUUGGGGAAGAAGGUGUGAUUAGUCGAGAAGCUUUGGCGCUUUUGCACGAGCGCCUAAGAGAAACCGAGGCGAGUCUAGCUAGUGCUCGUGCGCACAUGAAAGAUGACGAUGAUGUGGUGCUGAGAUGGCAAGAGCGUGUCGCGGAGUUAGAAGCGGCAGGAAAAGAGUUUGAUUCACAACUGAGUCAGCAGGAGUUGGAAGCGAAGACUGCCAUUGCCCAGUGGCAAGAAAGCUGUACUUCAUUGCAAGAACAAAACACGGAGCUUCUGAGCAAACAUGAACAAAUGCAGCAAGAGCUGAAUGAAGCCAAGGCGAGGAUUUUAGAAGAUGAGGACGUUGUUGCCAAAUGGCAAGAUCGUACAUCUGCGUUGGAGGAGGCCAUUAAGGACUUGGAAGCCCAGCUGAACGAACAAGAGGAAGAUGCGAACAAUGUUAUCUCGAUGUGGCAGCAGAGUUGCAGCACCCUGGAGGAGCAAAAGGCUGAACUUGCCCAAAACCUUGAAACAUCAAAUGAAGCUGAAACGAAUAUUCGAGCUCAGCUACAGGAAAGUCAACAAGCACUGGAGGAAAGUCAGCAGAACGUUACCAAGGGAGAGGAAGCUCUGGCACAGAGUGUUGAAGCUGAAAAGAACCUCAAAGCACAAUUUGAAGAAACGCAGCAGGCACUGGAGGAAAACAAGGAAAAGGUACUGAAGGGAGAGGAAGACCUGGCGAAGCACAUGGAAGCUUCCCUGGAAACAGAAAAGAGCCUUCGAGCAGAUUUGGAAGAAAUAAAGCAAGCAUUCGAAGAAAGCAGCGAGCAGGCUAGUCUUGCAGAGGCGGCACUUUCUGAUUCAAGGGCUGAAUGCGGCAAGCUUGCGUACAAAGCCAGCGAUCUGGAAAAGCGGCUGACCGAGAGCGAGGAAGAGUCCAAGGCCGCAAUCGAAACGUUGCAGGAGAAAUGCACAAGUUUGGAGGGGGGAAAGUCGGAGGUUUUCCAGCAAUUGGAAACCACCAAAGACAACAUUGAAAAACUCCAAGCUCAACUGCAACAGCAGCAAGAGAGCGAGGAAGAGUCCAAGGCCGCAAUCGAAACGUUGCAGGAGAAAUGCACAAGUUUGGAGGCGGAAAAGUCAGAGGUUGUCCAGCAAGUGGAAACCACCAAAGACAACAUUGCAAAACUCCAAGCUCAACUGCAACAGCAGCAAGAAAGUCUCAAGGACGACGAAACUGCCGUGUCGCAGUGGCAAGUACGAGCAACUGAGCUGGAGGCUGUGGUGAAAGAGCUGGAAGAUCAACUAGCAGAGCAGGAAGAGGAAGCCCAAAAUGUCAUUGCCAUGUGGCAAGAAAGCUGCACUAAGAUCGGAGAUGAGAAGUCGGAACUGGAGCAAAGGCUGGAAUCAUCAGAAGCCUCCGUGGCAUCCGUAAGUGGUGAGCUACAAGCAACCAAACAGUUGCUUGAUGAGGCCAACAAUAAACUCCAAGACAAGGAAGAAGAGAUCCGAACGCAACAAGGUCGCGUUGCCGAGCUCGAGUCAAACCUGGAGGAGAUGAGGUCGAAGCUGGCCCAACAACAAGAGCAAGCAAAGGCUGAAAUUGAAAAGUGGCAAGAGAGCAUUUCGUCGUUAGAAGAUCUUAAGGAAGAAAAGCUGAAAGAAGAUGAGGAUGUUGUGCUGCAAUGGCAGGAACGAGCAACCGAGCUGGAAGCCGUGGUGAAAGACUUGGAGACUCAGCUGAAUGAACAAGAGGAAGAAGCGAACAAUGUGAUUGCAAUGUGGCAAGAGAGCUGCAACACCUUGGAAGCAACCAACCAAGAGCUGGCCCAGUCAAGUGAGAAACUGGAAGAGCAACUCGAAUCGAGCAAAGCUGCCGCCAGCAGCGCUGCGGAGCUACUCAAGACAACAGAGGUUGACAAAAAGGAGUUACAGGAACGAGUGAAUGAGUUGGAAACUGCAUCUAGAGGUCUCGAAGCCAAACUUAGUGACGAAGACGAGAAGGCAAAAUCGUUGAUUGCUGAUUGGCAAGAGAAGGUUGCAUCUUUGCAGGCUGCCAAGGACGAGGUCACGGUUGCCCUUACGACUGCAAAAGACAAUCAACAGUCAAUGGAACAAGAGCUGGCGUCACUCCAGAGCCAGAUGAAAGAGACUGAAGGGGAAUUGACUGUUGCUCGCGAAAGCCUAAGCGAGAAAGAAGCCAUGGUCGCUUCACUCGAGGGGCGGCUACAGGCAAUGAUAGAAUCCCAGGAUCUCGACGCGUCUGAGAAAGAUAGGGAACUGGAUUCUCUCCGCGGUCAAGUUUCAACUCUACAGCUAGAGCUGGACAAGACAGAAGCAUCUCUGAAAGAAGCCCAAGCGAAUCUUGCUCACAACGAGAAGGCAGUCCCGGAAUGGGAAAAACGUGCAAAUGAAUUUGAAACAAGCGUUAAGGAGCUCGAAGAACAGUUGACCGAACAAGAAAACGAGGCGACAAACGCAAUUUCGGAUUGGUCAGACCGCGUGCAACUGCUGGAGAAGGAGAAGGGCGACCUUGCGCAGUCAUUAGCAGCCGCCCUGAACCGCAGCAAGGAACUCACGGAUGAAAACAAGUCCAGUGCGUCGUCUGCUUCGCAACUAGCAGAUGCCAAGGCUGCACUGGAAGAAAAGCAGCUAGUGGUAGAGGAUCUGAACGGUACGUUCGUGUUUCGUUACUGGACUCACCCAUGA